GGCAGCCGGCGCACAAUGGCUGCUCAGUUAGUGGAGAUAUUGGGCUCUGAUGAGGAGGAGCAGGAGGAUCUGCGGGCGAAGGCUCGGGGGAGGCUGAGACUGGUGGAUACAGACCGAGUGCGGCGGAGGUUGGAGUCGCGGAAGAAGUAUGACUGCAGGCGGGUGAAUCUGGGGGACGUGCACGGCGCUUGGGUGUUGCGGAGGGAGCGAGGCGGCGAGGAAACAGAAGAGCCGUGGAGUGAUGCCAAGCUGGCGGCUUAUCUACUUGCCCUGGAGAGGCACGGGAAACCCUGCGAUUCGCUCCAGACUGGAAAACUGCCCAAUAACAGGCGGAGACGCUGCACAAACAGUCUGCUGAGCCUCGCGACCUGGUACCAUGCCCACAGGACCCACUGCCCCCAUGAACCUGCCCUGUCUGAGCUCGACACUAGUCACAUUCUGUACACUACAGCAGUGUGGCAGUGCCAAGAAGGCCACCGAUACUUCCAGGACCUGCGCUGCCCCCUCAAGGCCAUUAACCAGAGAGGUUGCGAUGAUGGUGCCAGUUCUGAUGACUCCUCCUCAAGCUCACUCCCUGUGGAGCAAUCACCUGAAGUCUAUCAUGUGGCACAUCCAGUGCAUGCCGGCUUCCCCCACCUCUCUGAGAGUGUUGCUGAAUCUGGGGCACAGACUUCUGAGAGCUCAGAAACUGUAGUGUGCGUCCCCAUAGGAUCAGAUGAAGGGGUGCUGUAUAGGGGGGUGUCUCAGGAGAACCUGGGGCACGUGGUGGCUACUAGUUGCCCCUCUCAGGUGAUUAUUAUUGCCGGUCCUGGCUACGAGGCACUGACAGCUGAAGGGAUCCAGGUUAAUGUGGGAGAUGGUGAAGAGCAUGAGACGUGCACAGCAAUGGAGGCCGUGACUGCAUACUCACAAACUCACCCAGAGAACACUAGGCGCUUAGUUACAGUGAAGGAGGAAGAUGAGGAAGAGGAAACAGAGUUCCACCCACAGCACAAAGUGAUAACAGGCCAUGUAGCAGAUAUCUACCACCAUAUAUCCUAUGAUGAGUCUGUACUUGAUGAUGAUGAUGAUGAUGAUGAUGAUGAGGAUUAUGAUCCAGAGCUUGUGGAAGACCCCGACUACACAUCAGAUUAUACACCACACCCUCAAAAGGAACCUGCAAAAAAGAAAAGUCGCCCUAACCGGGUGCAAAGUGAUGAUGGUGUUCUUGAGAUGUACCACUGCCAAUAUGAGGGUUGUUUGCAGGUUUACAAGGCUCUCAGCAGUUUCCAGAACCAUGUAAAUCUGGUUCACAAAAAGGGUAGAACGAAGGUGUGUCCUGAACCGGGCUGUGGGAAGAGCUUCUACCUGACCAAUCAUCUGCGCCGGCACAUGCUCAUCCACACAGGGGAACGGGAUUUUAUCUGUGAAACGUGCGGGAAAUCGUUCAAAAGGAAAAGUCACCUGCAGGUCCACAAAAGAACCCACACUGGGGAGACCCCAUUGCAGUGUGAAGUGUGCGGCUACCAGUGCAAACAACGGGCCUCCCUUAACUGGCACAGGAGAAAGCAUCGGGAAGAGAUCAGUUACAGCUUCUCCUGCGAGCACUGCGGCAAACGAUUUGAGAAGAAAGAGAGCGUGAAGUUCCAUAAGCUGAAGAGUCACCCCGAUGAGAAGCCCACCUGAGGCGCCAGCUUGGGAGCUGACACUUGCUAUACUGAGCAUGUGGCUUUAGACAGUGUACACCCAUCAGUAUAGACUGGGUGCCCAGCCAGAUGGCUACCCUUGAUGUGUGAAUGAAGGAUAACUGACUGACCAUGGAGUAGUUGUAGCACUACCAGAAGGGGGCGUUACAGGCUCCCCACACAUCACUCCCCUCGAUUGCUUACCCACUUAGUGUUAGUUGAGGGGUGUGAGGCAUCUAAACAGAACUCCGCUGCUCUGCACUAGAGGAUGCGUAUGAAUUCUACCCUGGACUACAUGAAGUGCCUGUUCCCACACCCCAUCCCCAAUCCUCUGCUUUUGUUAAACUGCCCUGUAUUUAUUAUUUCUACUGAUGUUCAGUAUUAGUUCAUUAAAAACAAUUUUCCCA